GAAAACUGUUGAUGAAUUACAUUUUAACGAAUGUCUUGAUGGACUUAAAGAUCGCACCUUUAAAGUUGUAGAUUUGUUGAGCGAUGAUAAAGCAUUAGGUUCUCCUUACAACAAGGCCACUUUCCUCCCGAUGCCAUUCUUCACAACUGAAGAGCUAG